AUGAAGAGCCAUAUCAGUCUUGCUGCUAUCUUGGGAGCGGCCAGCGUAAUUGCUGUGCCUGAUCAUGGAGUGAUUGAGCUGAACACGUUUUGUGUUACCUAUCUCUCCACCUAUCUUGUCCCAGUGUCACAGAAUGAUUCUUCAACAAAUGAUCAGUUCACACCCAAACCACCUUUUUUGACGACGAUGGAUGGUACAGUCGUUACUCUAACGGACGAGCCGCCUCAACUGACGACAGUGGAUGGGACUACCUUUACUCUGACGGGCCAACCGGGCUUGACUUCCAACCCAACUGACUCGUUGACAUCUCUCACCUCGGGAGACAUCACGUCUUCCGCUUUGGCUCCGUUCAUUUCCGAGUCUUCGAGUAUCCAAAUCGACCCGACCGAAGCACUAACCUCCGGUACACAAACUGGGACAUCAACUGAUGAACCGCCUCUGCUGACGACUAUUGAUCUGGGCACUACCACUAUCACCUCAGUCAUUCCAACCUCAAGCGGUAUCAUUGAACCACAAGGAGAAGCCGUCAUCUUGGCAGUUAACCUCGAGAAUAAUAACCAGAGGCGAUCUAUUAACAAAAGAACACUCGGUGGUUUCGUUGGUCUGAAUGACCCUAAUGUCUGCACGUUCGCCUCGACCUUCAAUUUCGCUGAGUAUCAGCUCUUCGUGAGUGGUCUGCCAGUCUUUUACUCCCCCGGAGACACAAGCAAGGAGUUGGUUGGAGGAGACAACCGUCCUGGGGAUGCAGUCACCACAGGCUUCACGAUUGAUGGUGGUGCUCUUGGGUUCAGAAACGCAAAUUUGCCUGGCGGCGCUGCGAGUUUCUGCCAGACUGAGGACGGUCGGGUUUUCAUUGUCUUUACUGAUGGACCUCCGGAGUGCGUUCCGGUUGUUUUGUUGGUCUAUAGUGUACUGCGAUGUCAAAAUGGUCGGAUCGUUGGUCUUGAGUCUACGACCAUCUCUGACACAGCCACUACCCAAGCUGUCAGUACAGACAGUACAACCGUCAUUGGAAGCACACAAUCUGCAAACAGUACCACCUCUGUGGUAUCUACCUCCAUUGCUUCUCCCCCAUCGAGCAGUCAAUUCCAGUCUCAGUCCGUCGCUCCAGUGUCCCAGACCACUGACUCCAAGGCGUCCACUGCGGCUUCUUCCAACGUCGAAGAGUCAACUGCCUCACUUGAAUCAACCACCGCAGAGGCACCUGUAUCUGAAGCUUCCACUACUGAGUCUUUUGCUGCAAGUGAAACACCUGAUGCUUCAAGUACCGAGGCGGUGGAAUCUACUGCCGCCGCAAGUGAUACCACGUCGCAACCUACAUCAGACUCAAGUCAACUUCCCGAGACUGUGGCUUCAACUGGCACUGAGACAACAACCUCUGACGCCUUGGAGUCAACCACCAAAUCUGCAACAGACACCGAGACGUCUACCGCAGGCGGUACCACCACAGAGGGCGUGACUACUGCGGAGACGACGGCUACAGAGACGACUACCACUGAUGAAUCGGAAACAACUACUACUGUCAUCGACACUACCACCACCGAGACCACUACUGCUGAGGACACGACUACAGAGCCUGCAACAACUGAUACCACGACAGGCGAGACGACGCCUGGUGACACUACCACAGCUACUGAGACGACUACAACAGCAUUGGAGGAUACUACCACAGCUCUCAGUGACACCACAACAGCCGCCGAGGAUACCACAACCGCAUUUAGCAGGACCACUACGCUGCCCCCCUUACUUCCAGGCACUACCACUACUGAGAGCUCCUUCUUUCAAGAAACUACUACCACUCCGGAUCCGGUUCCCACGUGA